AUAUUUCUGCGGCUGGAAGAUUGCCGAGAAAGCCGAUGGAAGCCGCGUAGAAGAAGGCCGAAUUUUUGGCCUAUUGCUAAGAAUUUUAGGCAACCAAAUUGACUGAUAUUUUACUGAAAGAUAAACCAAGCAUUCAUCUAACUGGGUACUUCACCAAAAAUGUCUGGGCAAACGCCACAACGGGUUAGGCCGAGCAGAAAUGCAUCGCCCUCCACAAAGCAAGGGCCCAUGAAGGCUACCCUGCCGUAUUCGUUGAUGCAAGGUAGCCCAACCCGAUCAAAUGGAAGAAAAGGAAGCCCUAGCUCCUCUCCAACUUCCCCAUGGAUGAGCGAGGGACACAAUGUGAAGUCCAGACGAUCCCCUGUUAACAGAUUAUCUCCAGAAAGACGCAGCCCUGGGUCGCCAAGCAGUCACAAAGUUGAAAGACCAAAGCCAGUCCGCGGAAGCCCAGCCUCGUCUGCGGGCAUACGCCGUGCAGGUUCUCUUGACACGAUCACGGGACAGUACCUGUCCAGUCAGUGGCCAAAGACAGACUUCUUUCAACAUGUGUCUGGUAUAUACAUGGCAGAUAAAACAACGCAGACACCAGAAGAGUGGGAUGAUGGGGAGAAGGAUAAAAAGAAGAAAGGACAUAAAAGAUCAUCAUCUCUGGGAAAUGGAGAUCAACUUAAAGAGCUCUACAAACAAAGACUUCAGAAGAGCAAGAUGCCCAACCCGCGACAAAGCCCUAUCCAUGGCAACCACGCAGCGUUGACAAACCCUCCGCCAAUUUUAGUUUCCAAGCCUGUACCCAUCCCUGUCACCCACAUUCCUAAAGCUGCGGUGCCCAGGGUGCGGGGGAGCGUAGAAGGCUUAAAUCAGGAAAUUGAGCGACUUGUCCUAAAAUCUCAGGGAUUCUUCAUCCAAGGUACAGAUGAAGAGGAAAAGGUGCAGCCUGCAGCGAAUGCCGCACAGAAUCAGGACACGACCCCUGAUGGUCAUCGCGCACCCAUUGCAGAACUUCUCCGUGCUGCCAGUGGCACUCGCAGUGUCAACACGCAAACACCGUCUGUGGUGAAUGAAAAUGACAGUGGGAAUAGCAGUGGAGGCGGAAGCCGCUCCCAAUCAAUAAGUCCAUCAUUUCCCAUAAUUCCUGGACAGAUGGACUCGUCUCGACCUUCCAGUCAGAACGACUCAACAGAGAAUACAUCUGAAGGCAGCAAGGUGGAUAAAGUUGACCUUGACCCUGGCAGUCCAGAUCCCCAGUCUAAGUAUGCAGCCAGCCCCAGACCAAACAAGUCCUAUCAAUUUGUCAGGGAGCCCCCAGAUGGUUGUGAAAAGGUUCCUUUGUUGGAUGAAACAAGGAAAGCGCCACCUAUGCCACCCAUGGUGAAGGAGCCUUUGCUGGAUCCAUGCAAGAAGUUCACUCUGAAAGUCAGCGACAGCUCAGCAUUCUGUCCUCUCAAGUUUCCCACUGCCCCUGAGUUUGCCGUCAUUUCUCCAGUCAUGUCUCAGAAUCCUCUGGGCACAGGCAUCCAGAGUCAGUGAUUUUUCGCCUACGAGGAAUAGGAAAAGAAACCUCGCAACGCAUUAUAUUUUUGUUUGCACAAUAAUCCUGAGAACUUUUUGAAGUCGGCGGUACUGAUUGAUUGCUUUGGUGAGAUCUCAGAGGUUGAACACACUGGGAAAGAUUUGUCUUAAGAAUUUGAGGGAAGAUUUUUUUUUUUCGAACACAUCGACAGAUUUUCAAAAGCUGUGGACAGGUGAUUGCACAAACUUUCGUGGGAUAUACUACAUAAAAGAGACUCCCGCUUUAGUGGAAGAGGCCUACUACUUGCGUUCUUUAGUCAGUAGUUUGCUGUCUAUAAAAACAAUUGGAUCUCAUGAGUUUUAAAGAUACUUGUUUGAGUGCGAAACUCGUAAUAACUUGUAUGAAGUAUAAUGAGGCUGAGGUAAUGACUUGAUUGUGAAGUUUUCACAGAACAGUGAGACAUAGACAAAAACCUCUCUUAGACACAAAAUGGUUUGUAAUCUCAGCACAGACAGACAGUAAAAAGUUUUUCUCAGAUUUUCUUCCCAGUUACUUUGGAUUGUGAUCCUUGAGGGAAGGAAUUUGUGACAGUGAACAUUUGCGAACUUGUUAUUGCUUAUUGCUGACCGAUGAAAUUUUAUUCUAAUUGUCGGACUUGACAAACCGCUAAGGAACAGUUCCAUAUGUGUGCUGGUUGCUAUUUAAUUCAGUUUGGCUCAGAUGAACUCUUUUGUGGACAGGCUUUCAUUUUUGAGGAAUAUUUGAAUGGAACACAUACAGGGGGCGUUUGUUGAUGCCUAGAAGAUUUCUGAGAUUUUGUUUCCUUACCAGUGCUAUUUGUUUAUGUGACUG